UCUCGACCAUUCACGGAGGGAAAGUUCACAACAAAGGCCAGCCAAGAUGCCUCAAGCUCAGCCGGAAUUGAAGAAGUACAUGGAAAAGCGGAUCUUUUGCCAAUUGAACGGCAACCGCAAAGUCAUUGGUAUCCUGCGAGGCUACGAUGUAUUCAUGAACAUCGUUCUCGACGAGGCUUUUGAGGAGAAGACCGGUGGUGAGAAGGUUGCUAUUGGCAUGGUGGUCAUCCGGGGUAACUCUGUCGUCAUGCUUGAGGCUCUGGAGCGGAUAAGCGACAAAUAAAUAGACGUCGGGUCGGAAAUGCGCCCUCGCUGCCGGGAUGGACAAGGCGGGCUAAUUGUUUGUUUGUUUUAAAUAAAGUACUGGAGUUUUAAGGGUCGGUUGUUGCUUUUUCAUGGUCUGGUCGAAGAAAUACCAAUUUCGGUCUCCUCACAUCCUUUUAUUAACGACGAAAGAAAAAAAUGGCACUCCAAUGUUCGGAGCUUAAGGGUUCUAGGAGCUUGCUUCCCUUUGUCUGUCUGCCCUUUUCCGAAGAAGAAAAUUAUCUCUUGAUAGACUAUCUGAUGAUUGAAUUGCUAUGCAAGACAUCGACAUUCAUGGCAAAAGCAAAAUCCGAUACCGCAUCAAAUGAACCGGGGUAAAGAAGCCGGCGGAGGUUUUUAGAAGCAGAAGUCCCCAAAACUGAUCAAGCAAACGCAACAUAAAAAUGAUUUAAACGGGGAAUUGAGAGAAAAAGAAAACAAAAAUCGAUUCCACCAUCGCGCCAUGAAAUUUCCCCUGCC